CCAUGACAGAAACCAUCCCUUGUCUGACCCCAGAUCAGGUUGAUCGAUACUUUGAACAUAUCCAGUUACCCCAUGUGUACCGACGAGAUCGGAAUCCGAGGUUGGAUAUCGCCCUGCUAACGGCCAUCCACACCUAUCAUGUGUCAACCAUCCCCUACGAGAACAUUGCGCUACACUAUGCCCCUUCAGCGCAUAUUUCCCUGGGGGUCACUGAUAUCUAUCACAAAUUUGUCGAGAGGGGCCGCGGUGGAUACUGUAUGGAGAACAAUAUUUUUCUUCAUCAUAUUCUUUCCCUCCUAGGCUUUCAAGUGUACCUCGCCGGGGCCAGACUGUAUCGUGAUUCCAGGAGCAGCUCUCCCGGGUGGUCAGGCUGGGAACAUGCCGUGAACAUCGUCACUCUUGCCGAUCAAUCCCGGUACCUGGUUGAUGUGGGCUAUGGUGGCGAUGGGCCCACGACCCCCCUACCUCUUGCGGCGGGGCCAAUCACCACGAAUAUCGGCACUCAAGAGCUGCAACUGGGGUACGACACCAUUGACGGGCUUACCGACGCGAAGCAGCGCCUGUGGAUCUACCGGUUCCGCAAUGCCCCCGACGGCCCUUGGACUCCGGCCUAUGCCUUUCCCGAGACCGAGUUCCUGCAUCGCGACUUUGAAGUCAUGAGUUACUAUACGAGUCAGCACCCGCGGUGCUUCCUGACUUCCAACCUCCUCGUGAUCAAGUUCCUGCGCGACGGUAGCAACAUCUACGGCAAGACCAUACUGGACCAAGACAAAGUGAAAGAGAAUCUCGGGGGCAAGUCGGUCCUGGUCGAGAUAUGUCGUACUGAGGAGGAUCGCGUGCGGGUGCUCCAGGAGAGGUUUGGGAUUUGCUUGACCAAAGAGGAGCAGGAUGGGAUUAUUGGUCGGAAGUCCGAACUAGUCCGGUAG